AUGGCUCACCUGCUGGGCGUCUUCUGCAAUAACUUCGAGCGCAAUUUUCCAUUCCUUCAAUACGACGAUCUUUCGAGGCGCCUAUACAACAAUUCUCUAUCCCCAAUACUUGCCAAUAGCAUCGCUGCUAUCAGUUCCCGUCAUUCGACAAACCCUGAAAUUUUGACAAGAGGAGUAUCGCAAGUCUCAGAUGCUUAUUGUAACGUCGCAAAGCGUCUCCUCGCAGCCACUUCGGUAACCCCAUACACUGAGGUUUUACAUGCUGUAGUCAUCCUCUUCUGGACCGAGUAUAAAGCCGGUCGGACGUCCAGUGAGCUUUUUGUGAAUUUUAAUCAUCACCAGAUGGCGACAAAGAUGGCCUUCAACCUCGGGUUGGGUAGCGAGAGUACCAUGUCUGCGUCCAGCGAGCGCGAGCGCAGCAUGCUUCGAGCAACUUGGACUUCGGUCGCUCAGAUGCAACAGAUGACGACAACGUGUAUGUAUCGAUGUCUCAGGCGUCCUCAGAGCUUUGCUAAUCGAGAAAUCUAG